GCACCUAAAAUUGUAAUAUUAAUGAUAAAUAAAAUGAUUACUUUGACCAGCCGUACCUCCAAGCCCCGCCCACCCGGCACAUGCUGUUUCAUACUCAUUUUUCAUUCCACCCACAUGUUGUAUUUCUAUGACAGGAAUGAGUACUGGACUGAACAGUCAGCCUUGAUCCAAACUUUCUCUCCCAGAACUCAUCUGAUCUAUUACACUCAUGCUCUGAUAGGUGCGGAAUCGAAAUGGCGUCUCGAGCACUGUACUCGCCUAGGCAUCCGGUGCUGAAGAAGCGGGAUGAUUUUGAAGACGUUCUGGAAGAGAGAAGACGUUCCAGUGAUCUGAGAUACGCACUGAGAUGUUACACUCCCACACUCUAUAAGGGACUCGUGCCCUGCAAGGCCAGCAUGCUAAAAACCAUCGUUCUGCAGUCGGACCACCUGCAGUAUGUCAUUAAACAGGUUUCAUCAGAAUCGGGAGACAGCACUGAGUGUGUUGCGGAGGAAGCGUCUCUGAUUCUGGAUGAGAUGGCUCAACGUCUGCAGCUCAGCAUCGUACGCUUCUUUGCCUUUACGCUCAGCAAAGCCUUCAAGAGACUCUUCCGCAGCGUGUGUGUCAAUGAGGAGGGCAUCCAGAGACUCCAGCAGGCUGUACAGGAACACCCGGUGGUCCUCCUGCCCAGCCACCGUAGUUACAUGGACUUCCUGAUGAUGUCCUACUUGCUCUACAUGUACGACCUUCCCUUGCCUGUGAUUGCGGCUGGAAUGGAUUUUAUGAGCAUGAAGUUUGUUGGUGAGAUGCUGCGUAUGUCAGGAGCUUUUUUCAUCCGUCGGUCGUUUGGAAGUGAUAAACUUUACUGGGCUGUGUUCUCCGAGUAUGUGAAGACCAUGCUGAGGAAUGGUUAUGCACCAAUUGAGUUCUUCUUGGAAGGAACUAGAAGCAGGACGUGCAAGUCUCUCACACCAAAGACGGGCUUGUUGAAUAUUGUGAUGGAGCCGUUUUUUAAAGGAGAGUUAUUUGAUGUGAACCUGGUUCCUGUCAGCAUCAGCUACGAGAGAAUUCUGGAAGAGUCUCUGUACGCUCGAGAGCUGCUCGGCGUCCCGAAGCCCAAAGAAUCAACCUCAGGUCUGCUGAAGGCCCGGCGGGUCUUGAGUGAGGACUAUGGCAGUAUGCAUGUGUAUUUUGGCCACCCUGUAUCUGUGCGCAGUCUGGCAGAGGGAAAAAUAAACCGCUCUCAGUACAACCUGCUGCCCAGGUACAUUCCUCAGAAACCCAGCGUAGACACUCAUGAGUUUCUGAACGACGCUGCGUUCCGUCUGGUGCGCAUCCAGGAGGAGAACAUGGUUCUGAAGCCCUGGGUUCUCAUCGCCACACUGCUGCUACAGAACCCUGACGGCCUGGACCUCUCCUCCCUCACAGAACAGACAGACUGGCUCAGACACCUGGCACUGGCAUUUGGAGCGUUCUUGGACUGGCCAGAUCAUGAGGCCUGCAGUGAAGUCGUCAGCUGUAGUUUAGCUCUGCACAGACACCUGUUGAGUGUGUCUGCAGGCCACGUUCAGCUGAGUGUCACAGAUGCGCCGCAGGUCGAGACGACACCAGAGGAAGCCGUCUUUCACCGAGCGGUCAUUGUGCUCUCUUGCGCUUCCUACAGGAACCAGAUCUUACACGUGUUUCUGAGACCUGCUCUGUUAGCGGUGGCCAUACAAAGCGCAAACUCCAAUAGAAAAGAUGAUGUCUACAACUGUUUCAACUUCCUGAGGAACAUGUUCUCCAAUGAAUUUAUUCUUUGCCCUGGGGACUCUGUUCAGGACUUUGAAGAAGCGUGUUAUUUGCUCAUGAAGCGUGGCGUGUUGCAGGUAUUGGAGCAUGAGAUUGUGAUGUCAGCGAGCGGUCACAGCACCCUCGCUUUCCUGUGUUCGGUUCUGGACCCCUUCCUUCAGGGAUACCAGGUGGUGUGUCACUAUCUGUGUGAGGAGACUAAUGAGAACCUGACAGAGAAGGAGUUUAUUCCUGCUGUGAGGAGUUUUGCACUAAAACUCAUAUUAGCAGGUCGUCUGAAGUGUUACGAAGCUUUAUCCUCAGACCUGCAGAAGAACGUUUUAGCAGCCCUUCUGAGGCUCAAAGCUGUGAGGAAGGUCAAAGUAGGAGAUCAGGUGACGUUGAAGGUAAACAAGAUUGCAGUGAACUCAUUGGAGGAUACGCUGGGAGGUAAAAUUCCUACCCAGAAGCCCAUCCUCGCUCGACUGUAGUCGCAUACACGCACGUGGAGUCUCUGGAGGGCCAAACCAAACUAAACUGCCUUCAUUAACAUAAUGACAAAUUUUGCAAGGUGGCAUGGCUUCGCUGACUACAAAGGUUACCUGUCAUCGAGCUUUAAAGGGACGUCACGGGUUUGCCAUCUGGGACGCCCGCGCUAUGCUAGAAGCACUCUUUUUAUCUCUCUCCCUCUCCGACAAACUUGACAGCAGGUUGCCAUGUCUAUGAUCAGCCUUCGAUCUUCACCGUGUCUUUAUCAGACGAGUUUUAAACUGCUCUGAUGUUGCCAAGUAUAUGAAGACAGUGACACUUUUUUUUUUUUUUUUUUUUUUGCGUUUGAACAUCCUGUUACCACUGUUUGCGUGUGUUUUAUCGAUGUCUGCACUAAAGAGACUUCGCUUUGAUUUGAAACACUGUUACUGUUUAUUCUCACUGGAUUUGUGUUGGGCCCGUUAUCUUUUCUUUGUGAGUUGUCUGAAUUGAACUGUUUUCUUUUGCUCUCUAGAUAUGGCCGUCAGUUGCGUUUGCUACGGAUGAAGGUUUUUAGGGAUCAUGUUACAAAAAUAGGUCACUCGAAAAUGUGUUAACUCCUUCAGAGCUAAAGAAAAGAUUGUCUUUUUGUAUCUGCUCUCAGAAAGGAAACUUGUAGUUAAAUGAACAGUUCGCUCAAAAAUAAAAUUUUCUGAUAAAUUACUCGGGUCAUCAAAGAUGUAGAUGAGUUUGUUUGUUCAUCAGAACAGAUUUGGAGAAAUUUAGCAUUACAGUAAAUCACUUGCUCACCAAUGGAUCCUCUGCAGUGAAUGGGUGCCGUCAGAAUGAGAGUCCAAAUAGCUGAUAAAUACGUCACAAUAAUCAACACAAAUCCACUCCAUCAGUUAACAUCUUAUAAACUAAAAAUCUGAAUGUUUGUAAUAAACAAAUCCAUAAUUAAGAUGUUUUUAACUUCAAACCUUUGCUUCCAGCUAAAAUACGAGUCCAUAAUCCAUAAUAUUGUUUUGUCUAGUGAACUUGGAUUUGGCCAAAAGUGACGGUUCAAAGUUAAACGCCUUUUCGCUUUUCGAACCAAGCUUUUCGCUUCUCAAGAUGUUAAUUGAUGGACUGGAGUAUUGUGGAUUAUUUUGAUGUUUUUAUCAGCUGUUUGGACUCUCAUUCUGACGGCACCCAUUCACUGCAGAGGAUCCAUUGGUGAGCAAGUGAUGUAAUGCUACAUUUCUCCAAAUCUGUUGGAAAAACAAAUUCAUCUACAUCAUGGAUAGCCUGAUGGUGAGUAAAAUUUCAGCUAAUUUUAAUUUUUGCGUCAACUUCUCCAUGAUUAACAGAAAGGCUGUUCUCACGAGCCAAAUAUGGAGACUCUUUAUUGCCAUAACAGUGUUUACAUGCCUGUUGUAAACUACAGCUUUUCUGCUACAAAAUAAUGCAUAAUGAAUUAACAGGCUUUAUUUUACGAAUUACUGCAUUUUUGGGAUAUUUCACCCUAUCUUUCAAUAAUAUGACGAAAUAUUUUUAUUAUUAAAAAGGAUCAGACGACACCGACGCAUGUCGCACGGAACUGCUGAAUCUCUGUUUGCUCUGUUAAAUGCCCCUGCAGUGUUAUUUCAAAGCAUUAUAUCCAUUUUUUUUAGAUUUAGUCAAUUAAGAAUUAAGUCACACUGACCCAGAUUUCAAUAUUACAGAAAAUUUAACUUUUAAAAUUGUGUUGAUGCCAUGUCGGAUUCAGUUUCUAAAACUUAACUACAAAGUUUAGAUACAUUUAUGUGCUGCACUUUUUCUAGGGGGGGAAAAAUCUAAAAUAUGCCCAUUGUGUGAAUUUGAAUGGGAAUUCAGGUAUAUUUGUAUCCCAUAUUUUGGACUGAUCAUCAGAUAUUAUUUGUCUGUAAUCACUGAAUGGAUGAUGCAACUAAUAAGCGCAAGCCAUAAGUAAAGCCAUAGCGUUCAUCCAUUCUGGGUUUGGGUUGAUUCUUGCACGGUUCAUCGAAUUAAGUAAAAAGUUUACAUUGAAAAGCAGCUUUUUACAUAAUUAGAUGAAUUCAUCUUGAAAUGGUUUUGAAAAAAAUUGUGGAAAUCACUCCUUUUGACUUGGACAUUUAGUUUUUUUUUUUUCUAUCUAUGGAUUGAGUGUCUUUCUAAUAAUGUUAAUAUUGUGAUUGAACAGUGCUUCUGAUAAUUUUUGGGAGAAAUGGCACUAAAACUAAAAAUUAAAUAUGCAUUAAAGCUAAGUGAAACCCAAAUGCUGACCAUAUUUUGUGUGUUUUUGUAACAUGUUCUGUAUGUGAUCAGUAUUUGUUUUUCUCCAGCCAUUUUGAUUGUUUUAAAUACUUUUUACCCAGCAUUUAGUUGUGAUGCAAAGCAGAAUUUUCAGCAUCAUUAUUCCAGUCUUCAGUGUCAUAUGAUCCUUCAGAAAUCAUUCUAAGAUGCUGAUUUAAUGCUCAUGAAACAUAUUUGUUGAAAGCUUUUGUGCUGCUUUCUCAUUUUUUUUGUGGAGACCACGAUGCAUUUGUUUUUCAGGACUCUUUGAUGAAC